UGGUGGCUGAAGAAAAAUCCACAUAUAAGCCGCACUCGGCUAUAAGCCGCAUGGUUCAAAGCUUAGGAAAAAAGUCGCGGCUUAUAGUCUGGGAAAUACGGUAGUUAUUGCUGUAUAAUGACAUUUAAGUGCCGGCUGAUUGUUAAAAACAAAGACAGUGAAAACUGCUGAACCAGCUUGUCACUGUAACGACUGUGGAGGAAGUGCAAAGAUCUAAUAUUGGGUUUGUUAGUGUUACACCAAACUGACUGUACCUUCAUUAAGCUUCUGCUGCAAAGCAUAAAGAUGGGAUGUUUGUUCUGCAGGGAUGUUUUUCUGUGGAAGUAACUUGACUGUUUUGCAUGGAGCGUUGUACAACAGUAGGCAAAUGCAGAUUAUAAUUAUUCAAGAAAACGUCCCAUGAAAGAUCUAAAAAUGGCUGCCAUCAAACCCGUCCAACCUGACUGACCAUAUCAAAGUACAUGAGGUUCAUUCAUUACAGGUUUGCCAGGAAGUCUGUUGAUUCCCCUUCCGUGUUUACCAAAUUUCUCCACUUUGAAUUUUUCAACACCAGUCCAUUGUGGAACAUUUUCUCAUGCACAGUAGCUUCCUGGAUCACUAUGUAAAUGCUCACCGGAUUUCUAAAUUCACCUGACUUGUUUCUUUCUCAGUAUUCGUGUAGAGACGCUCACUCUGUCACCAUGUUUCUCUUGGUGCUGUCACUGCUGGUCAGCGGUUCACAAGCUUCACAUUUUCUUGGCACUAUGAUGACUUACUACCCAGGAGAAACUCAAACUAACGGAUAUGUAACAGUAAGUGGGCACUUUGUAACUUAUGGCUGCCUUUAAUGCUGCUUAACAUCUUUGUAAUUCACAGGUGAUCCUUCGCUACAAGCAGAAUUUUGUUGAAUGCACACAGUUACGUAAGCAGAUAAUGGUGUACACCUGGUACUGCGAAGGUAACUGUGGGUCUUGGACUGAGACGCUUCCAUUAACCAAAGUGGAGAAAGUCGACGGUGAAUGGUGUCAGACAGAAGGAGUCAUAACUCAUCAGCUUCCCAACAACACUGGAUUUCAGACUAAAAUGGAUGGUGGAAACUGGAUAGACUACAUUUUAAACGGUGUUGUAGACUGGAGAGCUGUGGCUGCUGUGGAACUGAGGAACCGGUCCGACAUCGGCAAACCCAACACAUCCCCACAGACCACCAUCCUCCCAGCUUUAAGAGUUCCUGUAAACUGCCCAAGAACUAUUAACUUGUUGGCCUUUGACCCUGACGGAGACGAGGUUAAAUGCAGAUAUGGGAACAAAACAAAUUCAGAGUGCAACCCCUGUAACCCUCCAUCUGUCCUCAAUGUCUCCUCAUCCUGCUCUCUGACAUUCAGCUCCCCUGAAAGCAGCACCAGUUCUGAACUUCGAUAUGCAGUCCAGCUGGUGGUAGAAGAUUUUCCCAGACAGACCAUCACUCUGACUGAAACCGGCGGCUCACAGGAAGUGAAAACUACCAGCGACGCCAUCAGCAAGAUACCUUUACAGUUUGCCUUGAAAGUGAUUCCUGAGGUGCCGUCCUGUGCAGAAGGUUCCUAUGUGGCCAGAUUUCUGCCUCCAACCCCAGACAACAGAGCUCAGAAAUUCGUCCAAGUCAAUAAGGUGCUGGAAAUCAACAUCAGAGCAGAAGCAACUCAUUCCAACGUUACUGGACUGCUGUUCAGCGGGCCUCACAGUGUAUCUAAGAGUUCGUCCGGAUCGGGAAGCUUCAGCCUGAGAUGGACACCAACCGCAACAGAAAGUGGACAGAGCCACCCCAUCUGCUUUGUUGUCGAGACGAGUUACAACAGCAAUACCUACCACUCUGACCUCCGAUGUGUUACUGUCACCGUUGGAAACUAUUAUGUUGUGGCUCUCAGAGGACGGAUCUCAACUUCCUUAUCUCUGGAGAACGAUUACGAUGCUCUGGUCAAACAGAUUCAGGAUGAACUGACCAGACGAGGGCUGCACACAAGCAUAAAUGUUCUCCUCCACAGGACGGGGUGAUUUAAAUUUGGGACACACUCUGUACUUCUGCUGAGUGAUGCAUUUUCUGAAAUUGGGAUCUAUGGCUUUUUGUUACUUGUUACUUUAAUAAUCAUGACUAUUGCAGCUGAUAUCUCUCUGUUGUCCACUGGAGAAGAAUCGAAUCUCCUUCCUGAGCGUUAAAAAAUAAUCUGGUUGUUGAACAACCUUUUUUAUCAUCACAGUUAUUUGUCUGUUUUAGUUUUUAUAACUUUCUUCUAUAUGAAAUAAACAGUUUUAGUGUUAAUCAUAACGAUUAACGUCAUCAUUUAAGAGGAAAACACGCCUACAGGUAUAAAAGUUUGUGCACAAGGGAAACAAUUCAGGAAAAGCUGAUUUAUUUGACUUCUGCACCAGCU